AUGGCCCCUCAACAAACGUUUUAUAAGUCAGGCCACGGCAAAGGGAACAACUCCCCCCCGCCACCUCCCGCCGACUCUCCGGACCCGAGCCCCAACCCGUCUCCACCUCCAUCUCCUCCCCCCCCUCCAAAGCCGACCCCCGAUCCACAGCCCGUAUCAAACGCCAACUCACCUUCAGCCCCCGACCCCACGCCGUCGCCCUCACCAGCUCCCACCUCCACAGUCUACCUCUCCGUCACAAUCACAUCAACAACCACCAAAACAAGGCCACUCACACCCCCCGCCACAACCCUCCACACCCUCACAAUACCAACCACAACAUCGCCCACCACACUCCCAACCGCCCCAAUCAGAACAGAACCAACGCCCCCACCAACCACGACCACCACCGCUGACCUCCUCGACUCGGGCAACAUCACCACUAGCUAA